AUGGAAGGAAGUAUUUCAGAACCAGAUGUACUUUCAAAAAGAUCAAAAUUUGUUUAUAGUGUUGGUCUAGUUCUAAAUGAUGUGACUUCAUCAAUGUGGUUUUCGUAUACACUUGUAUUUUAUAAUCGUGUUCUGAAGUUUCCAAAUGCAUUUUCUGGUUAUUUACUUUUAAUUGAACAAAUAUCUAAUGCUUCAUUAACACUAUUUGUUGCUUUGAUAUGUGAUCGUACAAGAACUGGUUUAUUUCAUUAUGGAAAACGUAAAACUUGGCAUCUUAUUGGAGUUAUUUGUGUACUCAUUUCAUUUCCAUUUUUGUUUAAUUAA